UCUCCGGAAGUGGCUGUUGGCCACUGCAGGGCAACACCCCGGCGUCCCUGGAAGCGGGGAGCCGGGGUGGUGCUGGGGACGCUGCGCGCCGCCGGGAGCCUUCUCCCGGAGCCUCCUGGGGGGGAGGACAGGCGUUUGAGCCCAGACUGAUCAUGGCUGGAAGACCCGUCCGUAUAGGAGACCAGCUGGUUCUGGAGGAAGAUUACGAUGAGACCUACAUCCCCAGCGAGCAAGAAAUUCUUGAAUUUGCCCGAGAGAUUGGUAUUGAUCCCAUCAAGGAACCGGAGCUGAUGUGGCUGGCCCGGGAGGGCAUUGUGGCCCCACUUCCUGUGGAGUGGAAGCCGUGCCAGGAUAUCACAGGGGACAUUUACUAUUUCAACUUUGCCAACGGGCAGUCCAUGUGGGACCAUCCGUGCGAUGAGCACUAUCGGAGUUUGGUGACCCAAGAGCGAGCGAAGCUGUCUGCUCCUGGGGCCACUAAGAAGAAAGACAAGAAAAAGAAAAAGGAAAAGAAAGACAAGAAGGACAAAGAGACGUCCAAAAGCCCCCUGGAAACACAGCCCAAGCAGGGAUUUCUGCCUGCUUCCUCCUUUCUCCGUGGCCCACCUCCUCUCCCAGCACCCGGGCUCGCUGAGCUGGAUCUAGACCAAGAGCUGCAGGCUAGAAGCGAGGGCUCCUUUAAGAAAGGGAAGAGCCUGUGCAUGCCAGGUGACACUCCCUGGCCUCUCGUGGGCACCCUGCCCAGCAAACUACAGCCACUCUCCAAAGGCCAGCCUUCCCGAACCCACCAGAUCUUUGAUGACGUGGAGAAAAUCUUAGGCAGGGCCCCAGCACAAUGCAGGACAGCAUUAGGUGAUCAGCAGGGUCUGGAGAAAUCCCAGAAGCUGACAGAGAAAAUCCACCUGGGGUUUUCAGACCCUGAAGUAGAAGAGCCGGAAGAAAGGAGCCGCGAGCAGAAGCCCGGUGCCCUGGGCGCUGAGAACACUGGGCCCCUGCUGAGCAGGGCCCUCAGCUGA